AGAGGAAGCGUGCGCGCAGUGACGUCACCUGCGUGUUGUGGAGAAGCAGGAGGAAGAUGGCGGGGUCCAAGGUGAAGCAGGACAUGCCUCCUCCGGGAGGCUACGAUUCGUUUGAUUUUAAGAGAAACCUUCCGAAACGAGGACUCUCGGGGUAUAGUAUGUUCGGCAUUGGCAUCGGCAUCAUGAUGUUCGGUUACUGGAGGCUAUUUAAGUGGAACAGAGAGAGGAGACGUUUGCAGAUUGAAGACAUGGAGGCCAGGAUAGCCCUGAUGCCCCUGCUGCAGGCGGAGGAAGACCGAAGGGUGCUACGGAUGAUGAGAGAAAAUUUAGAGGAAGAAGCUGUUCUCAUGAAGGAUGUUCCAGGUUGGAAGGUUGGUGAGAGCGUCUUCCACACAGAUCGCUGGAUCGCCCCUACAUCAGUGGAGCUGUACAACCUCCGGCCCCGUGAGGAGCUUUUGCACAAGCAAUAUGGCUUCUUGUGGUACGUGUAAGCUCCACCAAGACAAUGUCCUGAGAUUCACCACCUUCCACAGGCAGAACCACAUGGAGCCCUUGCUCAAUUCAGCUUGUAAAUGUUCGAUAUUAAAGUAACCUUUUUUUCUGUACCUCAA